AGAAAUAACAACUAAUUAGAUUCAAUUAAUUAUGACUACUUCAAGAUCUUAUUUAACAAAUGAAAAUCAAAUUGAAUGUGACAAAAAUAUUUUAGAGUUUGAUAAAACAUCAAUUAUAUAUAAAACAGAAGAAUAUGAGUAUAAUGGUAAUAGUAUAUGUCAUCCUAGUAUCAGUAGUUGUAGUAGUAGUAGUAGUAGUAAUAGUGGUAGUCAUAAUGUAUCCGUUAUGAAUGCAAAUGUACCACAUGAAAAUACUGAUAAAUUACCAAAUCUUUCUUUAUCAUCAUUAAUAUCAACAGAAUUAACAAUAAUAAAAUCUAUUGAUCAUACUAAUGAUCAAACAUUUGAUAAACAUGAAGGAUUAAACGAUUUACAUAGAGAAAAAUCAUUAAAAUUAAUAAUUGACUUACAAAAUUUAUCAAUUUUUCAUAUACUACUUAAUUAUUUAAUUAAUUUAUAUUUAAUUAUUUAUAAUAAAAUUUAUAUUUUAUUUAAAUAUAUUAAAUGGAAUAUUUUUAAUUUAUUAUUAUUAUUAAUUAAAUUAAAUUAUAAUAAUUUAUUUGGAUUAAUAAGUAGUAUAAUAAUUGGAUUUAUUAUAUAUAAUUUAUUGAUUAUUAUAUUAAAUUAUAAUAUAUAUAUAUCAAUAUUACUAACUACUUAUAUUAUGAUACUUCCUGUAUUUGCUUAUUCAUCAAACCUUCAAUGUAUUGGAUUAUUAAUAUUACCAUAUUUAGUUACAAAUUCUAUAAGAUGGUCAUUAUUAUUAUUUGCUACUUAUAUAAGUAUAUUCAAUAUGAUUUUAAAUCUUUUAUAUAAUUUUGAAAAAUUAAAAAAAUUUUUAAAUUGUGUUACCUUAGAAACAAAUCAAAAUUUAAAGAAAUUGGAUCAUUCAUUAUUGAAUAUAUUCAACAAUUCAAUAGAGAAUAUACUGAAUGAAUUUAAUUUAAUGUUAUAUAAUAUACGUAACAUUAUAUCAAAUAUACAAUUAUUUUCAUUAAAAUUAAUGAAAAUAAUAAAGAAUAAUAUUAGAUGGAUUGAAUCUAUACAGAACUCUUCAUGUAAAAACAAUACAGAUAAUCUAUAUAAUUUAUGUCGAAAUUUUUUAAAUAAAGCAUAUAUAACAUGUACUAUUGAAUUAGAUAUAAGUAGUAAUAUGUGUGAAUAUAUAAAAUCGAAUAAAAAUCAAAUAUGUAAUUCAAUUAUACAACAAUCUACUAAUGAAUGUGAUCAUUAUAAUGAAAUUAGAUUAAAUCAUUUUAAUGUUACAUAUAAAAAGAAUUUCAAUGAUGAAAUGGAAAAGAUAUUCAACAUAAUUGGAAAAUAUAAUAUUACAUACAUAAUGAAUUCUAACGGAUUUAAUCAAUUGACUAGUGAAAUGAAUAAUGGAAUAGAUCAGUUAAAACAAUCAAAUAGUUUCUUGAAUUAUAUUGAAGAAAUGAAAUUUUUUAUUUCAUGGCUUUUAUUGGUAUUGUCAUUGGUGAUUAUGAUACAAUUAAUCAUCAAAGCAAUUAUAUUUAGAAAUUCAUGGCUAAGUAAAAUAACAUUUGAUAAUAGUUAUAUAACAUCAGAAUAUAUUCAACAGGAGAAAGAAGCAAUUCUACAAGGAAUUCCUUCAACAUUUCCACUUACAUAUAAUGAAUCAAAACAUUAUAAAAUGUUAACUAGUUUCAGUAGGAGUCACAAUGAGAAGAAUAAAAUGAAAUGUUCAAACACACUGAUUAACAUAUGGAUAGUUGUAAUUGUUAUAAUCUUAUUACUUAUUCAUGUUACACAAAAUUCUUUACUUUCAUUGACAUCAUUCAUUUCAAAUGAUUUCAGUCAGUCUAGAACAAGAUCUUCUCAAAAUGAUGAUACUUUAAAUUAUGGUUCUGAAAUAUUCAAUCAAAUUCCACAAUAUUCAAUUAUUGUUAGUGGUACAUUUUAUACAAAUAUAGUUAAAAAUAUACUUGAUUUAUUAAUUCAAUCAAAAGAUAUAAUAAUUAAUAGUGAUGUUACAGUUUGUCAUCCAAUAUUAAUAUCACAGGAUUUCAACAAUAAUUUAAUCGUUAUAACAUUAUUAGUUCUAACGAUUAUAAGUCAAUUAAUUGAAGUAUAUAUUAUGAGAUUACGUCAUAUAAUUAUGAUUUGGUACUAUCCAAAAAUAUCAAAUCAGCGGGCUUCAUGGUUACGCGCUCGUAUACAAAAUAAUCGUAAACUUUUUAAUGACUUCAAACGUACAUCGGGAGACACUACUGAUAAACCUGAUCGUCGCUUUACAAAUAAUCCAAAAAUAAAGCACGUGUUAGCAGGAUUUAGUAUCAAACGUAUUACGUGUUUUUGGUGCCGUAAAGAAAUUUAUACAUCAAAUGAAGAGAAACCGAUAGAGAAUGCUUCUCAAUAUUCUGAAAAUGUUUAUUCAUGUAGUAUAUGUCAGCUUGAUUUCGGGAAUAUCUGCCCAAACUGUCGUACAUUAUUAUCAUUGAAAUAUUCAAGAAUUGGCUUGGAAGAACAUUUAAACAAUGAAGAGUAA